AUGGAGCCCUCGAGCAGGCCGCGGGUCUCCCUCCGCGGGAUGCACCGCGCGGCGAGUUCGCUGCAAGAUUUCGUGGCGAGCUACUUCAUGUUCCACGGCCUCGACGCGACGAACCCGGCGGACGUGUUCGCGCAUCUUCCGACGUUGUACUUUGUCGAGGCGCGCGUCUACGAGCUCGACGACGUGAACGAGGCCGCGUCGCGGGCGGACGACGCGACCGCGGGCGGCGCUGAAGCGUCGGACGCGAAGAUGGAGGACGCGAAAGAUGCCGCUGUCGGUAGAUUACGCGACGUGAUGGACAGAAUCAACGCGGCGGUCGACGCCGACGAGCGCGUCGGGGGGGCGUCCGCGUCGCUGGUUCGCGAGUUGGACGAUUUCCUCGGCGAAGGUUUCGCGUCGCCGGCGCUGCUCGAGCACCUCGCGGAGGGAGAGACGUACUGGCGCGUGGAACGAGCGUUGGGCGGGAUCGACGUGAAGAAGAUGAAGGAAGAUCUAGCGGCCGCGCCAGCGUACGGCUGGGUGCGAGAGUUUCUCGAGGACCACGUCGUGGACGCGUUGCGGCGCAAGAGCUUCGAUUAUCGAGCGAUGAACGAGGUGUUGCGUCGGUCCGCGGCGCUGGCGGACGAGAAGGCGCGGACGGCGGCCGCGGAGGAGCGGCGAUUACGCGGAGGAGCCGUGGAAAGAGGAGGACGCGAUGAAGUUGAAGCGACCGGGGAAGCGACCACCGGGGACUCCGCCGCCGCGUCGACGACCGGCGGCGGCGGCGGGACGCUCGCGACGUCGGAGAAAAACGUCGCGGAGUUUCUCGCGGCGUCGGAGUUCCUCGUCGAGAUCGCGGACGACCUGUACGACUACGAAGAAGACGUCGCGUCCGGGGCGUUCAACUUCUAUCGAUGGAUGGUCGUCAUACACGGCCCCGAGGGCGCGGCCGCGGCGACGGCGAGGAUCAUAGAAGCCGCGGAGACGACGUACGCGCGGCUGGAGAAGACGCUGGACCCGGCUUUGGCGCUGAGAUACCGCGAACGGUGCCGACGCGCGACGCGAGAGGGCGCGGUCGGGGCGAUCGACGACGCGAAUCCGAUGGGGACGUGGACGAUCCCGGCCGCGAUCGUGGACGAGGACGCGUUUCGGUCGAGGGUGGGCGGGGGGGAGUAG